CUUUGCGGAAUACGCGAAAUUCGAAUUUCUUUAAAAAAAAAAAAAAAAUAAUAAAAAAACCGAAAACGUAAAUAAUAUAGGUAACUCCAAACAACAAUCGCGUUUCGUAUAGCGGGUGCGUUGAUUAGUACCCGAGUAGUGUUGAUUGGGAGGGGGUUACCGUGUCGGCGGGGUAAAUUUUUGUUUUAUUACAUCAUUAUAUUAUAAUAUUACCAUAAUUACAAUAUAUCGAUCGACUACGCGGGCGUCGUCCUCUUCCACGUGGGGGGCACACGCUUUGCGCUUUUGACCUCGCUGGACGACAUCGACGACCGGCGUCGUAAAGACCGCAUAUUAUACUAAAUAAUAAAUAAUAUCACACGUUUCUGUUCAAAUAAUUAUUAUACCACUAACCGCGGUCAUAUAUGACACACACCUACGUCUGACGAACGAUCGCGGUCGGACUUCGACCGUGAUCGCGGUCGCGGUCGAUCGUCACCGCCGUAACAGUAGUCGUUCCGUCGGGCGGGCGCGCGUCGUCGUAGCCGAGCGAAUAUUAGGAACGGUUUUUACGCGCGUGCCAGUUGACGAUUUUUGCGAUUGUAUUAAUAGUUUGGUCGUUCCACCGCCGGUUAGAGAGCAUAUUUUUAUUUUUUUUUUUUAUUAUUUUUGUGAAUUUGUGAGUUAUGUGAAGCACGAAAUGUCAAAAUAGUUUGUCAUCAAUUCUCGUCAUUAUUUUCUAUGUUUGACGUUUAGAGUCAUUUAGGUUCGAUUUUUUUCAAUUUCGGUACGCACAACAUGGACGUCUUCUCGAAGACUGGUUUUCUUCCGAAAAAGCACCAUCGCUGCAUAUCGUUGGAAAGCGGCCAAUCGUCGACGAAAAAAUCAUGUCUGCAGAAAACUCCGUUGGACCCGCCGAGAUUCUUUCCGCGCCGGUACUCGACACCGGAGCUGGCGAUGAGAAGACACGCACUCAGACAUCAACGCGACGACGGCGUCCCGCCCAUACAACCGAUAUCGAACAAAUCGUGUCAAACGGACAUAUUGGGAUUGGACAAAUACUUGCAAAGGCCGGGUAACGCGACCCCGCAACACGAGUCGGCAGCCGAUCCGGAAGCAGCAGCCGCGGCAGUGCUGAGGGCGUAUAGAAAGCCGUCGAAAAGGCCAAAGGUCCGGUCGGUUGCGGUACACUGCGAGCGGCGGCGCCUGUCGUUCGCGGCGUUCAAAGGUUGCCAAAAGUUCAAGCACGUGUACAAGCGCAAGAUAUCGUUGCCGCAACCGUCGUCGGCGACCACUUCGACGGACGACGGUGGCCGACGUCAGGACAGCGGCGUGUUGCCGAAACUGCGGCCGGACCGGACGGCCGAGACGGAAAGACCCGUGGCCGCCAGCAAGAUCAGCGCGACCGUCAAACUGCCCAGGAUACCGACCAGAGAAGCGCGGCCGGAAGCGGACAGGCCCGACGAUGUAAAAACCAGACUGGCCAGACUGACCAGACCGCAGUCGACGGGCAGCAGCGGCGACGGGAGUGGCGACCGGAAAUUGGCGGCCGCGUACUUCCGGGCCAGGUCGGCUCCGAAGAUCUACUCGCCGAAGUUUCACGACACACCGCUGCGGCCGUCCGCGGAUCGCGGUGCACCGCAAUCGACGCCCAGGUCUAGCGACACGGUCGACACAACACUCGACGUGUCGUUCGGCCAACAACAGUCGGUCGACGCCGCGGCCGCGUCCGCGAUGGCGGCCACCGCGGCAGCCAGCACUAGGACCGUGUCCACGUCCACGAAUUUCGAGGAACCGAAUUUCCCUAUAGUGUUCAGCUGCGAGAGCGUUCUCCGACACCCGUUGGACGGCGGUUAUGUGUCGCACACCGAGAGCCACAGAUUUAGCGUUCACUACGUGUCGGCUGACGACGCCCGGUCAUCGGUAACGGGCACUUCCGACACGGACGCCGACAGCGGUACGUCACUGGUGUUCACGUCGGCAGGAGCGUGCCAGCGCGAACGGUGCCUGACCGGCGAAUCGGUAUCGGUCACGAUGGGUGGAAAACCUGCUGCAGACGGUUCGGCGACGUCCUCGUCCACUGCUAACGUGGCCGGCGAACGGCGUUUGGUCGUCGAACGGUGCACCGACGUCCGUCGGUCGAAAAACGAGGUCGCCGACCGCGAUACCUGCAGAGAGACGGUCACUGGCCGCGGAACCAGCGAAACGACCAUUGACCGCGGAACCAGCGAAACGGCCACUGAUCGCGGAACCAGCGAAAUAACGGUCACCGACGACGACCGUCCAACCGUCAGUGAACCACCGCCGUCACCGCAGUCAUCGCCGUCGUCGCCGUCGUCGACUUCGUCUCCAUCGUCGUAUUCGUCGGUUCGCUACUGCUGGCCGACAUCCAGAAACGCGGCGGACGCUGAAAAGCUGCAGGAAAACGGCGAACACGAAGAACACGACGCGGUGCAGAAGACCGAAGGCUUUUACGUUUUGGGAAAAGGGGACGGCGGCGGCAACGCGUUCGAAAAAGUUGCACCACCGACGACAGUCAAUAAAACUAUUGAUACUUUGGGUGAAACCGGUGAGGGGGUAGUGGGUGCGGAACUCGAAUUGCCCGCACGCACGGAUGACGACGAUGACGACAAUGACGACGACGACGACAUGCCAUUACAAUCCGACGAGCGAAAUUAUGAGCGGUUGACACAAAACCAUCAAAUAAUAGAAUCCGGCCGUACCUUUUCGAAUCAGUCGCCGAAAUCCGACGACACGGAAUCGGUGCUGGCGGAACGACUAAACGAUUUGGGACCAAUUGAAAACGAUAAUACGCACGCAAACGUCGCCAAGCCUAUUGCUGAGCACAGUACUACGACCGCUGAACCCACUGCUCAACAACUAUCAAUUGCGAACAACCAUCUCGCCGUUCCGUCGGAUCGACGUCUGCAAUCGGACAAGGAUACAGCAGUGGCAGAAGUCAUGGAGUUAAGGCGUCGAAACGAAAUGCAGCGCUCUAAUCCAACAUCCGAGUCGUCCGGAAGACGUGCAGUUGACGUAAAUCGCACUGGUUAUCGUGAAAGCGGACAGAUCGGACAAUCGAACGAACAAAAAUUCGAUGCUAAAAAGCGCAACAUGCCCAGCAGACUCAACGACAACAUGAGCCGUAAACGGGAUGACGAUAAGGAUUCUUUCAACCCCGCUCAUCGUCUUCUACAUGGGCCAUCAUCGAACGCGACACCUGCACAGCACUCGAACGCAAUCAAUCGCGGAUCUACGAUGAACAACGCGACGGAAACGAUGGCCGUGCCUUCUAGGAACACGAUGAACGAUAACCAACACUACGAACCGUUCGGGAAGCGGAUUUCCAACAGAUUUCAGGACGACUGUAGGCGUGCUGUUUGUGAGCAGGACGCGAUGACGAAUGAUUGUCGGGUAUGCGCCAAUGAAGACGCGAAAAAAACCGCAACGGCGCAGCCCGAAGUCUACGACGCCAGUAAUGACCGCAAUGGCGGUUACUCCUACGACACUGGGAAGAAUCGGAAUCCAGUUUCGAAACGGAGGUUGGAAUCUGUGGACGAGGCGACGGAAACUUCAAAGCAACAGGAGUCCAACUACGUAGGUGGAUUUGUGUUCGGCGACACGUUCAACCGCAGCAAGAAAUCUUCGCAAAAAUACGGAGAACGCGCCGAGUAUGGCGGAUAUUAUGACAAUAAUUCGAAAAAAGUCAACUUCUCGUCGAAACCCGAAUGCCGGUACGAUUAUUAUCGCAGCGAGCACGUGCCUGAGACUUGCGGGCACAGCCCCAGGGAAGAGGAUUGCACAGUUUUUGCAGACCACGGCUCCCGUCCUAACCCUGCAGCGCAACUUCCUUACUAUUCACACCUAGACUAUAAAGGCGCCUACGGCCAUGGUGAGAGAAAAUGUCUCGCAGACGUCACUGACGACGACGAUGAUGAUGACGACGACGAGAGUCUCACCGAUAGCUUGGAGGACGGAUGCAAGUUCGAAGGAACGGCUGUAUCGUAUUUCUUAGCGCUCGACGGUCAAAAGUCGGCGGUCACGUUCACUCUGAAGAUGCCCGGUACGCUAGAGAGCCGACUUAAUCGGCGACACAGUCAGCUCAAGAAACACCUGCACAUGUCAACGACGGUCCGGAAGUCAACUGGGACGGUUCGGGUUCGCACCAGGCACAAAGGAUGUCAGACUCUGUGGACCGUCGAAAAGGGAGUGCAGGUACAACGGGGCUCCACGGCCAACGCGGAUGAUCGUAGGGCGUUGCAAACACUGCUGGCCGGACUAGGGCGCAGCCACGUGUCUGAGAAUCAGAUCAGGGUGGUUGGCGGUCGGAAAAUGGUGUCCGAGGGCAACCAGACUGAACAGCCACCGGCGAACCGGCACACGCAGACGACUAGGGACGUGGCUGCGGGACGGGAAACGCCAGAAAUCAGUGCGACGGCUUCCGGUAAAAAAGGCAAAAACCAUAUGACCGCAAUGAAAAAAUUUUCUGCUGACAACGCUCUGAUGGUGGGUGUGGUUAGGCAGAACAAGUACUGCAAAGGAAAGGAAGCAUUAGAAGGCGCCAAAAACGAUCAACUGCUCACGCUGUCCAAAGGUUGGAUCAACUUUUACACGCUCAAAGAUGACAGUGCGGACGUAGAAGCACAAGUAGAAUUGAACGAUAACGACGAUGAUCUCAAAACUGAAGACGACAACCAACAAUACACUGUACACGUGCAAGCCAUCCCCGAACCUGGCGAAUCUGCGGUGACAUUGCCUGUAGUGCACGUUCCUAACCGCAAUAAUACUCUGCAGUUGCCAAAGACGUCUAGUACUACAGCCAAACAUUUACCAAAACUUGUGCAGACAGAGUCCAAUAAUAAUCAACAGUGUCCAGCGCAUUUAGCAAACUCAAAUGGUUGGUGUGUCAGUGUGGAUGGUCCAAACAACAUGCACAUGAAGGUUUCAUUACUACCGGAUAAGGCAGGUAUCAAAACAGCCGAACACUUUGACCUGAAUGACGAAAAAAAACUUGAAACAAGGAGAUUAGCUCUACAAAGGAAGACAAACUACAUGCGUAAACCUUAUAGAAAUAUUAAAAGAACGCAAUCAACGCCUAGGGACAUGUUUUCUGCCGACGUUUCACGAACCGAGUCUGCAUUGUCAGCAGAGAGCAAAUACAUUGAGACAAUUGACACUCAACUACUAAUCCACAAAGCUCGAAGGCGCUUAAGUCAAGAAUGGGACACAAGAAUUCAGAACAGAGGCUUAACUGAAUCAGUACAAUUAGUCGUUACUGGGGACUCGGUUUCCAGUAGAACAUCUCAACAUUAUGCGACUGGAGGACAUCAGCAUUGCUCAUUCAGACGACAAUCAAGAAGAAUUUAGUAUUAACUUUUUUUUACAAAUUAUGAUUAUAAAUUAAGUAUAAUGAUAAUUACUGUUUUUUACAAGUAGGUGAUUAGUUGCUAACUAGAAAAACUUAUAACUAUUCACAAUUACACAUAUUUACAUAAUUCUAACUUAAUAAACUAUCUUAAGAAUUUAAGAUGUUUCAUUGAUUA